AGUUGUCGCAAUUCGACAUCACAUCCGUUUCUGGUGUUAGCUUAAACUCGGACAGGAAGUAGCUGUCAAAGAAGGGCGAAUGGUGUUGGGAAAGUUUGCCAUUAUAUACACAUUAGCUUUCCUACAACGCAGGUGUUUUCUGAACUACCAUGGACUGAUUAGACUUAGCUCUGCUGCUAACGUUAGUUUCACUGUAAGCAUAACAGUAUUGUUUUUAGCUGUCAACGUUUGUUUUCCAAGAUUUUGUGUUUAUUUAAUAAUAAGUCGUACCAGAUUGUUCAAGACUUGGACUUUAACCAGGUCACUCACUAUCAUGCACGUUAAAGAAGAGAUUAUAGGCAUUUUAAAGCAGUUUGACAUAGGAUAUAAGUUUUCCUAUCUGCCAUUGCUGCCCAGAGCUUCUGUGCUGAUCCCGCUGUUCGUGAGGAGUGGGCGGCUGUACACCUUGCUGACGCUGCGUUCAAAAGAGCUGAGGACCAGUGCUGGUGAGGUGUGUUUCCCAGGUGGAAAGAGAGACCCCAGUGACCAUGACGAUGUGGACACAGCUCUGAGAGAAGCGGAGGAGGAGAUAGGUCUAUCACCUGAUGACGUUCAGGUGGUCUGUACGCUGUUUCCAAUCAUUAAUAAGACCGGUCUGUUGGUGACCCCAGUUGUUGGCUUCAUAGAGGAGUCAUUUUGUCCCAGUCCAAACCCAGCUGAGGUCAGUGCUGUGUUCACAGUCCCAUUGGACUUCUUCACCAGCAAGGAGGACCACCACUCUACAUAUGGUGUCGUUGGGAUGUCGGGGCUGCUGCACUCAUUUUAUUUUGUGGACACCGAUUCGGGAAGCCAAUAUCACAUAUGGGGAUUGACUGCCUUGCUGGCCAUCCUGGUUGCUGUCCUUGCUCUUAAAAAGAAACCCGAGUUUGAAGUUGGCUUUGACUCUGAGGACCCACUAGCAUUCUUCCAACAGAUUCUACACAGAAGAAUCAGUAAACUAUGAACAGAUUUUCCCCAAUACCUGAAGCCCCAUUGAAUUUACUGUAUAAUUUCUAUGAAUGUGUGUAAUAAUUGUUUGAAAGGAUGUAUAUAAACUUUUCAGUGUGGUGAAAAGAUGCAAAUAAAAAGAUAUUUUCAGUU